AAGGGAAGGGAAACUGCAAUUUCUCCAUUCCCCACUGGUACGUCGUUGAUCCAGCUAACGCUUCAAGUUAAAUUCAGUAUUUUAAGAGUUCUGGGUUGAUGUUCCAUAUCCACUUUCCCACUCGAAGAACCUCCGCUUGGUAAAAUUCGAAGAAUAAGAUAUUAUUUUAGUCCGACUGCACAAAACAAGUGGAAAGUGAAUAGCUAAAUGUCAGCUGAUUCGCUAGCUAGCUUGCAUUGCUAGUUGGGAAAGCUAACGUUAGCUACGAUAUUUAGUUCUGAGAUUUAAAAGGGCGGGUAUUGUUUUUAGCCAUCCCUCCAUCGCAGCCAUCAACAGUUUGUUAUUGCUCAUUCGAAGACACUGUGGCUAGCUAGUUAAUCAUAGCUAAGUCGUAGCUAGUUUGCUCGUUGGCUUGAUAUAAUACUGUGCGUAUUCAGCCUGGAAGCCAAUUCAAGGCCUUGCUUACCACCAGUCUUUGCAUCGCGGUGCAGUGAGAGUUGACAGCUUACUUGGUGACAAAGAGACUUCUCCCUGAGGAGCCAAGAAGUAGACGGCUCAUGACUUCUGACCAGGAUACAAAAGUUGUAGCUGAACCACAGGUGCAGCAAGUACAAGAACCAAAAGAGAGCUCUCAUCUGGAAUCUGCCAAGGUUUCUGACCUGAACCCCAAUGCGAAAGCAUGGGCCAAUCACAUGCUUAACCUGGACACCACCACUGGGACUGCAGACACACCUGCUCUCCAGCCAUGGAAGGACUGCUGCGAUAGCAGCUCCACUGACCCUGGGCCAGAAGGCUGUGAAGCCAGCGAAGACAAAGUGUUUGAGGAGCCCCUAUUAGCUGACCCAGAUGAGCCUCCGCUGGUGGCAGUGAUACUGGCAGAGCCAGCCCCCAUGGCCGAGCCAGCCCCCAUGGCUGCCACGGUCACCCUGGAGUGCUCCGACCCUGCUGCGUACCUAGAGUCUGGCCAGGAGGCAACUCACACAGGCAGUGAGCCCCAGCAGGAGAGCCCUCAGGAGGACCUCCGGGAACACCUGAAGAAGACCCUGGAGUUCUGUCUGUCCCGGGAGAACUUGUCCAGCGACAUGUACCUUAUCUCUCAGAUGGAUAGUGACCAAUAUGUGCCAAUCGUGACAGUUGCUAACCUGGACCACGUCAAGAAACUCAGCACAGACGUGGAGUUGAUCGUUGAUAUCCUACGAUCUCUGCCGUUGGUCCAGGUAGAUGAGAAGGGGGAGAAGGUGAGACCCAACCAGAACCGCUGCAUCGUUAUCCUCAGAGAGGUCCCUGAGAGCACUCCCAUAGAGGAGGUCGAGGCUCUUUUUAAAGGAGAGAACUUACCUAAAUUCAUCAAUUCUGAGUUUGCCUACAACGACAACUGGUUCAUCACCUUCGAAUCGGAAGCAGAUGCACAACAGGCAUAUCAGUAUCUUCGUGAAGAAGUGAAAACCUUCCAAGGGAAGCCUAUUAAGGCACGGAUAAAGGCGAAGGCAAUCGCUAUCAACACUUUUAUGCCAAAAAAUGGCUACCGCCCAGUGGAGGUUAACCCUUAUGUGCAGCAGCAGCAGCAACAACAACGUUACACCUCCUACUACAUACCUCCAGUGUACAGCCCCCAGCAGCAGUUCCCCCUCUACAGCCUCAUCACUCCACAGGCCUGGUCAGCCACUCACAGCUUCAUAGACCCUUCACUGGUUACACCAUUUCACAACACUCAAUUUAUCAAUGGAUUUACAACAUCCCAUAGUUUUAAACCAGCGACGUCUCCUCUUGCUGGUGUUAGGCACUACUCUCCCAGGAAUAGGAAUCACACUCACAGUAAACCUCACCUGAGGCCCACAAUACCCAACGUGGACCAGCGCGGCACAGGGCUCCUAGACAGCCCCACCAUCUUCAACUUCCCCACGGAGCGUAUCCUAAACGGGGUGCCCCGGGGUUCUUCCCAAAUGACGCGGCUCCCGAGCCAGAACAGAACCAGGUUACCCCACUCCACCAUGACCUACCCCAGGAGGGACAUCAGUACGGGUCGGGUGGAGCCCGUCAGCACCGACUACUCACUGGGCAUGGCCCGGGGAAGGACAAAUAUUUAUGGUUCUAGGAAAAAGAGGGAAGACAAGUUUACAAGAGUUGCUACCCAGUCGCCACCCCCUCCUCAGAAGCCCCCGUCCCCCAGCUUUGAGCUGGGGCUCUCCAGCUUCCCCCCGCUGCCUGGGGCCACAGGCCACCUCAAAACCCCUGAAGACAUGUUUGAGAACAGACUGGCCAGCAUGGUAAUAGUAACCACAAAGGACAGGAAUGUAAGCGUUGAUGCCAGCUCUCCAGGUGCCCUCCCCUCAGGAGGACCCAAGGAGCCACUAAGGACGGUCAUUUCUCCACAGCCCCCGAGCCUCCAGCCCGCUGCUCCCCCGAAACCAGCACCAUCCUCUGCCCCUGUCCCUGUUCCCUCCCAACCCGCAGAGGAAGUGAAGGUUCUGGAGGUGAAUCAGAAGGAGACUCGGGUUUCUCUCGAGCGGGACACUACCACUCUGUACACCGCUAGCAAAUCUGUUCAAGUCAAUGGUACUGCUACAGAACUGCGAAAGCCCUCUUACGCUGAGAUCUGCCAGAGGAUUAAAGACCACGCUCCGAAACUACAGGCCCCUAAAGAGGCCAAGCCAGCCAGCAGCGCUGCCUCCGCAGGAGAGGAGAGGAAGUGCACUGACGCAGCCCCAGGGGACAGGGGUGAUCCAAAGGUCCCCAGAGAGACAUACCCAGGCUCCUCCAAGCCAGCCACCCCAGGCAGACCCCGAGAGGUCCGGAGACCGACCGGCCGGUGGCCUUCCCCAUCCCCCCACCACCCAGGGAAGGGUCCCAGCAGCAAAGAUCUCAACACCCCCCCAAAGUCCCCGCAGUAACCCCCUCCCCCACUGCAAUCAAGUCAAUUUCACAACAAACACGUGAGGGAGAAAGAAAUCUGAAAAAAAGUCAGGGCUAUUCAAAUACAACCUAUUCCAAAAUCACCAGUCAUUCACAGCAUAGAGAGGACACCUUUCUGGAUCAGGGCUUGCAGACAAUAGCACUUUAAUGUGCAUAUAGAGCACCGUUAAUAAUUUUUACAUAUUUAUUUUUGGAGGGUUUAUUUUUUUCAUAUUUUUUCUUCAUUAUUUAGUGUCAAUCCGAAAACGUACUCCUGUUCAGAUUAGUGGGAUUAAUUAAUAUGUCUGAACUACUUUCCAAGGUAGUAUUGUGCGAGUAGAUAGGUCAUCAGUGGAAGCCAACAACAGGUGAAUGAAAGGAAGCAGAUAAAUGACAGAGUAGCUGUUUCCAUGUUAUUCGUUGUGACUGUGAGGUGAUGUCUGUAUGUCUUGUAUGCUGCCUUGUUAAGCGGUGAUGUGAUUCCAUUGCAGGGUGUGAUGAUCACUGUCAGUCAGACAUGAUGGCUGCGUCCCAAAUGGCUCCCUAUGUAGUGCACUACUUUCGGUCAAAAGUAGUGCACUACAUACGGAAUAAGGUGCCAUUAGGGACGCAUCUUUGAUGUGUUUUACGUAAUUGCGUUCAUAUUCAAGGUCAACUAGUCUAGUCUCAUUUUACGGACUUGACUGAAAUCCUCAGAAGACCUACUUUCUGAGGGAUUUCACCACCCGUAGUCAUUUAUCGAAACUAGAUUACCUUUUUGCCAACAUGGAACACUUUAUCUCGUUAUAACACCAGCAUAUGAGGAAAAUAUGUUUAUUUGCAUACUGGUUUUGAUCGUUAUUACAAGUACUACUAGUUGUUGCAUGCUGGUGGUUUUAUGAGCGCCUUAGACUUUCUUUAUCUAGUAUUUCUUGUGGUAAAUGUUGUCCAAUGCAGGAGUCUGUUUCCUAGCCGUAUAAAGCACAUUGUUUGUUAGUCCUCAUUGAGAGGCACUAUCAGGGUCAGUAGAAAUCUACAUGUAUUUUGAUCUCGGAAAAUAGCAGAUGAGGGUCGUUCCACCAAUUCGGUGCCUUUUGAGAUGUGUAACUUGGUCCAAUUACAUUUUGUUCACCUAAUAUUGACUUUGUCAUAAAGAGCACGUAAAACUUCAUUAACACUUUUUCCCCAUCUCAACACGUUAAAUAAAAAAAAUGGUGCCAAAUUAAGUAACAGGAUUGACUGUCGCAGAAUUGACAAUUUCAUUUCAGAUCAGCCAUAAAUCCAAUUUUUAAAGGGGGAAUGGAAGCUUGCUGUGUGCAACAGGGAGUGGCAAUUGAUUGCAAGCUUCACAAAAAUGUUUAAGUUAACAUUUCUAGCCUGUCUAUCUAUGGGUAACAGGGUUGAUGUGUUAUGCUCGACUCGCUCAGUUUUCCAACACAUAACACCAGAAAAUGGCCAAAAAGAAUAGAACCAGCUCACCUGCUUUUACACUAUGAUUUGACUAUUAGAUGUU